UUUGUAAUUCGAGUCAUGGCUGAAAUGGCAGACACCCACAUUGUCGAAAUCCCAGUGGAUGAAGAGCAUCAGCAGAAGCUCUCAUGUGCUUUGGCCACCAUCACUGCCAUCCAAAACCACCCAUUGAUGGAGAUCUCUCGGAGUCCGGGCCAUCUCUUGCUUCUCAAGUUAUGGCAAAGAGAGGAAGAUCUUUUCGGUCGUAGAAUCGCCCUCAAGGAAUCCAGGCUCGACUCCGUCAAGAGAGAGAUCUUCCAAUUGUGUUGUUUCUUUGUCGUCUUCCACGGGCUUUUCUUCAACAUCUUGUUCAUGUCUUCCGUCGGCGCUGAAGAGCACCGCCGCACUUGCAGGAAAUGGUGGGUGACGUCCAUUGUUUCACUCUCGACUUCACUCGUGUUUGUGUUUUUGGUCCAGGUCAAGCUCUGCAGGUACUGGAAAGUGGGGAAGCAGUUGCAGAGGGAGCGGAAUGAUAACCGGGCGCUCACGAGGAGGAUGAAAGGGGAAAGCUUCGAUUUGUCGAAAGAGCCUCACAUCGGGAAGAGGAUGAAAAGCUCGAGCGUUGAGAUUAAAUGGAAGCCUCUAACAUGGUGCUCUCAGUACCUGAUCACUAUUGCGCUUGUCUGCUUCUCGGGUCUGGCUUUGCCGGUCUGCAAGUUCAUGCUCUGUGGAAUCUGAUACGACUGGUGACAAUGCUUCCAAUGUCGAAGGUACCGUUUCGAUUCGAAUUCAUCAAUUUUUUGUACAUUACCAUUGGGGUUUUGAUAUCAGAUAAUUUGUUCACAUAGGUCUUCUUUGGAUGGAUGGUAAUGGCAGAAUCUGCUUGACGUUUUCAUCGGGGAUGAAGCAUCGUGGUCCGAUAAUGAUUUAUUUAAACCUGCUCGGAGCUAUGAACUCCAUUACUAGCAGCAGAUCAAAAUAGCACCACUACAGUGUUGGAGAGGCGAUCCUAUAAACUUUCUUCAGUCAUUCAACUGGCGAUUCCUCAGUUUCAGAGCCUGAGAUCUUGUAUGCUCUUUUAUGUGAUCUUCAAUGGCACCACGACUUGUGUGCUCUUUUAUGUACAAGAAAUUCUUUUCCAACUCGAAUAAUAAAACAAAUCAUUCAUUUUAUUU